GCGCCCGGCUGGCGGGGACGCUGCCCAUGAAGGAUCACCGUAGAUACAAUAUAAUAACAUGGCUUUCAUGUUCGAGAAAUAACAUCUCGACCUGUGAGAGAGACGCACGUCCCGCGAGAGAGUCCCGUCAAGAUGCCUGUCCAACACGCUUCCAAAAUCGCCCAAUACAAAGUCCCAAACCUCCCAGAGGCUGGACCCAACGUCUUCUUUGGCGAUGUUCUCGGUAACAAGCGCUUGACGGGCUCUUACUUCCUGCUCGAAGGCCCUGACCCAUCGACACCCCCGAAAUAUCCCUACGACGAAUCUGGGGUUCUGGUCAAAGGAGAGCUGUCCAUCGAGGACGAAACAGGCCAGAAGGUGCACCUGACCGCAGGCGAUGUGUUCUUCAUCUCCGAGGGCAGCACCGUCACCUUCUCCACCCCCAAGUUUGCACUAGCAUACAAAACCUCCAACAGGGCACAUUCAAAGUUGUGAACGGCGCGGAUGACAGGGAAGAGCAGGAAGGCAAUGAAACGGCAAACAGGAUCCCUGGUGCCGUCGUGUAGAUAGAUACCUGGUUUAGAUGAUCAAGCCAAACAGAGAUGCCUGGAGGUUCGUCUACGUCGAACCUACAGACGAUUGGUCGAG